GCGGCUGCGCAGGUAACUGUAUGGAUGUAUGUAUAAUGUUGUGGUUCGCAGUCGCGCGGUUUCCCCUUUACCCAUGUGGCGAUCUAUCAACAGUAUCGGAGUCGUCGAGGAGUAGACUGCUUCGAGACCGCGCGUGAAACGCAAAUCACUCUCGUGUCUUACACGCGACAGGUACAUACACGACAAUACCGUGAGGAUCGUCCCGCGACUGUAAUCAUGGAUCGAGCCUUUUUAAACGUAAUGAUCCUCAGCUGGGGAUUUAUGCUGGUUUUCACGGCAUUUCAAACGAUGGGCAAUAUAGAGAAAACUGUCUUGAACAGCAUCUCGGACGAAUUUGAAGACUUCCAUGGUAAUGCUUAUGUCAGCCUGGCCAUAAUCUAUGCUGUGUUUGCGACCUGCAACUGGUUAGCACCAUCCUACAUUUCCGCGACAGGGCCACGGAUAGCGAUACUUACAGGUGCCUGUUGUUAUGUCCUGUUCAUCGCCUCGUUCUUCUGGCCGCAUGAUGCCCUGUUGUAUACCAUGUCCGCUAUCGUCGGGAUCGGCGCCGCUUUGAUGUGGACCGGCCAUGGACAAUACCUGACGGAAAACAGUGAUAACGAGACAAUGUCACGAAACGCCGGUAUAUUUUGGGCGAUUUUCCAGACAUCGCAGUUCGCCGGCAAUUUGUUCGUCUUCUUCAUCUUCACAAAGUCUAAAAUUGACAAGGAGCAACGAACAAUCGUAUUCAGCGUGCUAACUGGCCUCGCAGUAGUUGGUACUGGGGUACUACUCGUACUGAGAAAAUCGCCACAGAAGUUGUUGCUGGGUGAGGCUGAGGGGGUAUCUAACGCCGACAAAGAAUUACGCCUACCGGAACCAAGGCGUGAGAAACCGCUGCUGGCUGCAUGGAACGCUUUCGUGGAUGCAAUUAGGCUCUCCCUCACGUCGAACAUGCUGCUACUAUCAUUGACGUUUAUUUAUACAGGUCUUGAGCUUACUUUCUAUUCCGGUGUGUAUUCUAGCAGCAUUGGCUUCGUGAAGGCAUUGGGUGAGGAUCGUAAGAAAUUGGUGGGACUAUCCGGUAUCUUUAUUGGUGUCGGCGAAGUCGUGGGCGGCGCGGUCUUCGGCAUUCUCGCGUCCAAGAUAUCCCGUAAGUGCGGUGGCUGGCCAGUGAUACUCACCGGUCUGACUGUGCAUCUAUUCGCCUUCAUCAGCAUCUUCCUGAAUCUACCAAAUGAUGCGUCGUUCAAGGACACAGACAACGUGGGCUACAUUGAGACAUCAAAGAUCCUCGCAUUGGCAGGCAGUCUUGCCCUCGGUUUCGGUGACGCCUGCUACAAUACACAGGUCUACUCGUUGCUGGGCGUCCUGUUCGCUAACGAGAGCGCGUCAGCCUUCGCUCUCUUCAAAUUCUGUCAAUCUGUCGCAGCGGCUAUUAGCUUCUCGUACAGCACUGAGGUGGGAUUGUAUGUACAACUCGCGGUGCUACUCGUGGCUAUAUUCAUUGGUACGGGGGCCUUCUGCUAUGUCGAAUACAAAGUAAAAAAAUCGAAGAAUGAAUCCCCACAGGAAAUUGAUCCAGCGUUGGUUGAUGCCACAAGCGGUGAAGAUUGAUAAGGCUAGUUAAAUGCAAAUUCUUUAGAUUGCAAAGAUACAUAGCGAGUUCGAAUGCGAAUGAAGUGUGCGCUGUGAAAGCUCUCGAGAAAUAACAUCGUGGAACAUAAAAAAUUACGUUAAAAGUAAAACAACUCACGGUAGCUUGAAUGAACGUUAACGCACAUUAUUUUAGCAUAUUAACGAUAAGAUUAAUAAGAUAUUUUUGCAAAUAUUGAAUGAUGUAUGAAUCCUUCUAUAAUUGAAGACUCUUAUAUUAGCAUAUCUCAAAUAAAAAGCAGUCGAAAAUAUUAAUUGCGAAUUGCGAGUUUUUUCGUGAUUUUUGUUUUUCAAAAUGCUAAUGUAAGAAGCCUUAUUAUACCAAGCUCAACAAUGAGUGCUUUCCAUUUGAUGACACAAGCAUCAUUUUAUCCUUCCUGACAUUCAGAGAGUGGCAAAGAUAGAACGACACUUGUGUCGACUUGUAUCAUCAAAUGGAAAAGCAUCUAAUAUUGUAUGAGCGAUUAGAUAAAGAGGACAUCCAGAAAUAUAUUUUCCGUCGAAUGUUAUAGUCUUCCAGUGUGUAUAUAUAUACAUGUAUAUUUCUCAAUCUCUAUUUCGGAAUAAUUGUGUUUUAGAUAUUCCCUCCUUCAAAGCAAUCUUUAUAUAUGCAAGUAUGCCAAACGUAUUUAUUGGCGUCAAUGUUCCCAUUACGCUGAAAUGUUGCAUCAUUCACAGCUGAAAGAACGCUGCCUUGAAGACAUUGAUCUAAUCUAUUUUCUUUCAGACACCCGAUAUUGUUAUAUUAGAAUGCAAGGUUUUCAUCUUAAUGAGGGAUAUAAUUGAUAUAAUUUUCUUUUUUUCAUUUACUCGAAAACUGUGUAAGUUUGCUUUGCAUUCAUUGCAAGCUUCUUUAUAUAAGUUCUAAUUAUGUAUGUUUGACUACGAAAUCACGUUUGUUUUAGGUGAUUUUCGCACCAGUUUUGCAAUGCACUGCGAUUUUGUGACUAACUAGUCUGUAACAUGAGUCCACCACAAAAAAACUCGCGUUUAACUAGUCCAUAACGCAGUAUAUCGACUUUACGUCUGAUCGUAUGUAUAUGCGUGUGUACACGAGUGAAUAUGCAUGUGUGUGUGUGUGUGUGUAUGCGUGAAUGUGGGCGCACAACAGUACGUGACAUUUACAGCUCGAAACUCGAUUGAAUUGUCCGAGAUCAGACUUAAGGAUCUUGUUCCUUCGUUGAUCAACGUUUGCUUCAAGUGUCGCGAUGAAUAGAUAGAUUAACUGCGACAUGCAUAUAAGAUGUAUUAAAAGUCGGACACUUUCCUCGCAAUUUCUAAACAAGAAUCAAAGCUGUAAAACACAUAAGAAAAGUUAAUAGGAAAUAAAAAAUCGUAUCUUGAUAUCUAGUUGAAAAUCGCAUUGAAUUGAAGUCACAAAAUGACACAGAUUUGCUGUUAAAAUAAAGUUUUAAGAUAACAUUUUAAAAUGAUUAAUAAAAUAAUUUAUAAAAUCUUUUUCGUCAAAAUCUAAUCGUGCGGCUUUUGAAACAUCUUGUAUGCAUUGUAAUACCCACGCAUUUUAUUCUUCGUAUGUUAUUUGAUCAUGAAAUAUAUGUUUUGUGUUGAAUAUAUGUUUUGAUAAUAGAUGAGUAGAAAUAUAUAGUCAAUGAUGAUUAACUAUUCUCUUGACAAUCAAAAUUCUAUUGAAGACA